CAACGACAGGGCACGGUAAAGUUACACUCGAGCGCAUUAAUGAAAACUCCUAAAGAAAGAAAGCAAAAGUAGCACUAGCAAAUACUCAUUAAGUGCUCGAAAUGCGAGGCAGCUAAUUGCCCUCGUCUGAAUUCGGCCGUUUCUACGUCCCUCCUUCCUUUGAAUUCAGGUCCUGUAGGGGAUCCUUUGCCCGCCUGCUCGCCCCCUCCCCCGGCCGCGCCACCCUGGCCGUCUUUCCCGCGGCAGCCGCCGGGCAGAGGCGCGGGCGGAGCGGCGGGGAAGGAGGAAGCCCGGGUCUGGAGGGACGAGGGACCAACGGUUUCAUUUGGAGUGGCACACAGCAGACAAGGAGGAGGUUCUGCUCUGCUCGGCUCGGCAAGUCACUGGCUGGGAGGGGGCGACUGAAGACGGCGCACGACUUCCCAAACUUUGUGGCGUUGUUCUGGCAGACGCCCGAUCGUAUACAGGGAGAAGAAACCAUGAAUGCGCCAUACAACUGUACUGGGGACCGGCAUCCGUGUUGACUGAGUGCUGCGGAGCAGGACGGACAAGGACAGAGAAUUCCGUUCAACUGACCACACAGCCUCACAUGUUGAUAGACGGUGCGUUUUGCCGAGUGGAAACGAGUCAAUUACCCUGAGCCGUCAUUCUCUCUCGUUUGCUCUUCGUGUGCCCCCCCACACUAACGCCCACCCCUCACUCAACUACUGAUCUCAUAGGAGCUCCGGCCGGGGCCGAUCAGUGCGCAUGUGUCGGGGCUGGACAGCGCCGAAGAGGGAAAUUUAAAAACGGUCCGUGAAGACAAGAAGGGGGCAAACCAAUUAAGGACUUACCAGAGCACCGGAACACCUAGCCAUCGCAGGACAGGAGAUGAUAGAAAGUGGCCUCAGUUCCAGAAUGUCAGGAAUUCUUGGAAAUCUAGGACAAAGCCAUCAUCCCUCCACACAGGACUACAGGCUAAUGACCUCCGACCCGUCUCAGCUGAGUGAGGAUGACAUUCCCAGCGAUUUACAGUCCCUGUCCUGGCUUACCUCUGUGGAUGUCCCCCGACUGCAGCAGAUGGCAACAGGGCGCCUGGAUUUCAGCAUGAACUCCCAAAAUUCACAGCUAGAGCAGCAGACAGCCCAAGUGGGCAGCAUGAGCAUUCCUGGAAGACGGGGGACCAUGAUCCAUAUCCAAGGUAGCAUGCAAACAGGCCUGUUGGGAAUGAGCUCCUUCCCAGCUCAGGGAGCAAAUAUGACGCAGUAUGCCAUGAGUGGGCAGCUUUCCCCAGGAUACCAGGCACAGCAAACCCUGUCCCAGCCUGUCUCUCAGCAGGUUUAUGCCAUCUCUCAAGCCAGCCAGCAGUGCUCUUCUGCAGCAGUCUACAGCAACACUUUUGCCAGUCAGACAUCAUUUAGCCAGCCACGCCUCGCUCCUCAUGGGAACCAGGACCUACAGCCCAAAUCCUACCCCAAGCCCAUUUACUCUUACAGCUGUCUGAUUGCCAUGGCACUAAAGAACAGCAAGACGGGCAGCCUCCCUGUCAGUGAGAUUUACAGCUUCAUGAAGGAACACUUUCCCUACUUUAAGACGGCUCCCGAUGGCUGGAAAAACUCAGUACGGCAUAACCUAUCCUUGAACAAGUGUUUUGAGAAAGUUGAGAACAAGAUGAGCAGCUCAUCGCGGAAAGGCUGCUUGUGGGCGCUGAACCCAGCUAAGAUUGACAAGAUGGAGGAGGAAAUGCAGAAAUGGAAACGCAAGGAUCUACCCUCCAUCAGGCGCAGCAUGGCCAACCCAGAUGAACUGGACAAGUUAAUCACAGACCGGCCAGAGACUUGCAGACGAAAAACCUGUGAGACAGGCCCAACUCCCCUACCCACCUCACAAGUGGGUUUGACAUUGGCAGUACGGCCACAGGCUCAAUCUGUGAUGUCACUCUCCCUGCAGUCGCUGCCUCUUCACCAUCAACUCCAGACACAGGCCCGCUUGGCUCCUAGCUCCCCAGCACCUGCUCAGACCCCACCACAGCACUCUGUACCGGACCUCUCCCACAGUCCCCUGGAACAGCAGCAGCAUGCCAAACAUGGGCAUGACUUCUUCAGUAUGAAUGCUGAUAUGAGCACUGAGGUGGACACCCUUGACCCAAGUAUCAUGGACUUCGCCCUACAAGGCAACCUCUGGGAGGAGAUGAAAGAUGAGAGCUUUAAUCUGGACACUUUAGGCGCCUUUAGCAACUCCCCUUUGCGGCUCUCGGACUAUGACCUGGGUAUGGCAGGUGCGACACCUGUGUCAGGCAGCAGCGAGCUCUCCUUUCAGGACCUGCAGGUCACCGGUAUGUACACCACAUACACAACGCUGGACACCGUGUCAUCACCCCAGUACAUGAACACUCAAGGGAAUAAGCCGAUUGCUCUGCUGUAGCCUGAAUGGCCGGAAAGGAUCACAAGAGACAAAGGACACUGUGGGACUGUGCAAACACAAAGGACAGCCAACCCACAGGUUUGCACAGCAGCCUACCAUCUAAAGCUUUUGGUUACAGGACUUGUGGGAGACCCCCCCGAGCAAAAGCUCAAUAGGCCACCAUGCCGCUGAGCUGUUUCCACCACCAGCAGGCUGCUUAUCAGUAAGGAGUGACAUGUGCCAAAUGACUCAAACUCUUUAAGGACUGAGACGAGCAAAAAGAAAGGGCAAUGGUGGGACACAGACUGUAUUACCAAGUGUGGGUGAGAGAAACAAAAGCAAGUGUGCAUGUGGAGGGAUGGGCAAAGGGGCGGGGGGGAGGUCAAGAAUCAUGUCAUGUGGGUUUGGCCACAUACAAGCCCUAGUGAACUGGCACACCAAGCUUCCCAAAAAAAAAAAAAAAUAUUAGGUUAGCAAUUCACGUUUUUGUGAUUUUGUUUUCUUUUUCCUUUUGUAUUUGUGAUGCUCAGUAUUACGUUUGUGUAUUUGUUUAUUUAUAUUUAUUGACUUCAUAUGAGAGCUUGUAUGAGAGGAAGAGAAUCAAGCACUAUUUACACUGCUGAAUUAACCCUGAAGUACACACAAAAUUUACAGGC